AUGGCAAACAAGUUUGGAUUAGGGUCUUUACCUCUAGAAUCUAAAAAUCCCAUGACGACGUUUAUACACAAAGCGAAACCUUUUUUCGUGGAUCAAAUCGGAGACACCUUACAAGGGGAUAUCGAUAUGAACAAUUUCAAAAUAACUAAUUUAAAGUUUCCAGGAAACGAUAACGAUGCCGUGAACAAGAAAUAUUUACUGGAUCAAAUUCAAAUAGAUAAGGACCAUGUUGAAAAUAGAAUAACUGACGUGAAAAGAUACCUCAGACGAAAUAUUAAAAAUCUUGUGGACGAACCCAAACUACAACAAGAGUUAACGAGUUUGAAACGUCUUAUUCAAGUGGAUAAAACAAGUCAGUUGCAAAAUUUAAUAUCUAACUUAGACGAUAAGAUUACGAAGGUCAAUCUUUUAGUAUCUAGAAUUCAUGACGAUUUUUUGAGACAAGAGAAAAAGUUGACCAAAUUAGAAGCUAUUGUCACGGACAAGUCGUAUUUUCAAUCUUCCAUUCGAAAGUGA